AUGACGCUGCAAAGGAAGAAGUCACAACGUAGGCCUGGACUGGUGCUUUCCUGGUUUCUACUCUGGACCUCUCUUCAACCAGACUGCCUCCACAGGGCGUCAGCCGUUAACCUGCGCCGCUUCAUUGGCUGUGCAGUCCGGGAGUUCACCUUCCAGGCCAAGAAACCCGGCUGCGGGAGCCUGCACAUCACCACUGACGCCUGCUGGGGGCGCUGUGAGACCUGGGAGAAGCCUGUUCUGGACCCUCCCUACAUUGAGUCCCACCAGCGGGUUUGUACUUACAAUGAGACCCGCCUGGUCACUGUAAAACUGCCCAACUGCCAGCCAAACGUCAACCCAAUGUACACCUACCCUGUGGCCUUGAGAUGUGACUGUGGAGUCUGCCUGACCAGCACCACUGAAUGUAUAACAUCUGUUUGACACAAGUCUGAACGGGCAGAACGUAUUUUUGUUUUUAAUGUACUCUUUUGCUUCUACAAACAAAAACAUACACCGUGAGAGGAAUCUGUAAGGUACAGUCACAUAAAGACCAUGGUUCUUUGGCACUGCCUGUUAAAUUUAUAUCA